CACGCCCCGCCCAUCACAAUCAAGUGACGUCGACCUACACAUGGCAGCGACGGCGGCGGCGGCGAAGAAGUCUUCCUUCCCGCUCCCAGCGGGGCACUUCAAGUGCCCUCCCUUGUCGCAGCAAGAGUUCGCACAUCUCAUGGCGCUCGGGAAGGAGUCUUCUCGUGCGUUUAUCCAGCAGUCUGAGCACCUCAGGGACUAUUCGUGGCAAGAACUAGGAAAGAAGAACCAAAUCGUGCUGUUCAAGGGUGUCAAGGCAGGGUCGUCAUCGCCCUUUCUGGUGUUGCGCGCGGUGGGAGAAGUCGCGGGCUCCCUGGAAGAAGUGGCGGCGAUGCAUCAACUCGGCACGCCCGACACGCUCCAGCAGUUUCUCGACGAGAGCGACGACAUCCUGGAUCUACAUACCCUCUACGACAUCACGGCGGAUACCCGAGCCAUGUCGUCGAGGUACCUCACAUCGACGCUGCAGGUGGCGGUGCGGUGGAUGGUGAUGAAGGUGCCGACGGCCGCGACUGCGUUCAUGCAUCCGCGGGACUUUUGCUACUUGGAGACGCAGGAUUACUUUACCGACGGCAAAGGACGACGCGGGUGGGCAAUCUCCAUGGACUCGAUGGCCAUGGACGCAUGUUGUCCGGCCUUUCCGGCCCACGCAAGCUGCGUCGUGCGCGGGAAGCUCCGGGCGUCCGGGUACACGUUUGUCGAGAGCGAGACUCAAGGCAUGCUGCAUGCCUCGCACUGGUUCCAAGUCGACUUCCACGGCAAAGUCCCCGUGUGGAUCCAGAACCUGAUUCUUAAAGGCCGCGUCCACCGCAUGAUCCACUUCAACACGCGCAUGCACGAGCAGCGUCUCAAAAAGGUCGACCUCCUCGCCGAGUUUGACGUCCGGCGCACGAGUCAGUCCCAUCGGACCAACUGCUUCAUCUGCCGCAAAAAGUUCCGCCUCCUCUCGCGCAAAAUCACAUGUCGAAAAUGUGGCGAAGUGAUAUGCUCAAACUGCCAACACACAUGGGACCUCGUCCGCAGCGACAAGAAGCGCAAGGUGUCCAUCUGCUCCAUGUGCACGUCCUCUCUCCGCUCCCCUCUGCCGCCAUCAUCAUCUUCUGCGCCCACAGACGCGACCCAUCUCCGCAUGCCCCGUCUCGCACGGCACUACUCGUACGAUGAGUUCAUGCACACGCGGCCGGGGCUGCGUAAGCUCAAGUCCAACUCUGUGGAUUUUACCCACUGCGACUACAACGUUGAGGACGACCCUGGGUACAUGUCGUCUGUGGCCGUCGACUUGGACGCGCUGCUCGACUCGCCGCGGGAUCCGGCGGCGAUCGAUGCGCGGUGGGGCGACGUGGAGGCCGCCGUCGAGGAAGAAUGUGUUGAUUUUAAACCCAAUUUGUUUCGAAAAGGUACUUGCCCAUUUUGUUUAUUAUUAUUCGUAUGUGCGCUUGCUUACUUGAUAUAUGUAUGUAUAUUGCGUUAGUGGUUGGGUAUUUCCACAGCAGAUGCGUAUUAAUAUUUAAAAAAUAUUAAAGCGAAGGGGAGACUAUUCAUAGGAUGGGUUGUUCUAGUAUUAUAAUACUGUAUGUGCGUGGGGCACAGAAAAAAGGUUGUGUAGUAAUAUUAAUAUUAUUUAUUUUUAAUACCAUGGUUUUAGGUAUCUUCGGGUGUGAUGUGCUAGUGUUUUGACGGUUGGUCGGUUGUUUUUUUUAUGUGUGUUUUUGUAUGGAUGAGUCGGCGGCGGCAAUAUCUGUUCGAUAUAUAUAUAUAUAUAUUUGUAGGAUUUUGCAUGAAUUGCCAAAAGCAGCACGACGCGACCGACGACGGAUCUAUCCGGCAGACGAAAACGUUCAAGAAAAUUCACUUGGCGCCAUCUGCGCACGCAGCCAACGCCGAGUUCAACCCGAUGGCGCUGCCUGAAAACUCGGAAUUGUCGGCGGAGCUGCGCAAAUCGCGCGCCGACUCGAUGGACUCUGUCGUGAGUCUGCGCAGUCGGCUCAACUCGGAGGACCUGAUGGACGACCACUUUCUCAAAACCCACGGCGUGCACGCCAUGAUGAAAGACCUCAUGCACGAGUACGGAUCGGACUCUGCCGCUAGUCUCAACCCCACGGUGCUCGAAGCCAAGCUGCUGGGGCUGCAAGCUCAGCUGGAGCAGCUGCAGCUAGACAAGGCCAGGUUCAAAAAGGACACGGUGGUUCGCGUCUAGCACGAUGAAGACGGUGUCGUGUACUAGUAUUUAAACGAGCAAACCAGAAUAUCAAACAUCGACGCUACACCUA